AUGCUUCGCCGCAGCCCCCGCUUGCUAUUGGUUGCAGCAGGGGCCCGCCCUGCCGCCUCCACCCCUCGAGCCAGCGAGGCCGCCGGCACCUGUGGCAACGAGGAGCGCCACAGCAACACCAGCAGUGGCCAUGGUGGUUUUCUAGCCACACUGCGCCAUCUCGUGGCGUGGAACCGCACGAACGCGGCGGCCGCCGCAUCGUCGUCAUCCGUGUCGUGCGCAGAAACCCCAGCAUGCGUCAGCAGCAGCGCAGCACUCGACGCCGUCGAGGCCGUCGUGCGCGACCGGUGGACGUGCCGGCAGUUCGACACGGCGAAGCCGAUAGACCUCGACACUCUCAAGCGCGUCUUGGCGGCGACGACCCGCGCCCCGACUGGUUUCAACCUUCAGGGGUGGCACGCGGUCGUCGUCACCAAUGAGGCGGUGCGGGAGCAGCUCUUCAAGGCAGCGCUCGGCCAGCCGCAGGUGCUGCAGGCGCCGGCAACUGUCGUCUUCGUUGGGGACACAGAGCCGGAGCGGAACGCGCCGCAGGCGCUUGAGAUGGGUCUCGAGACGGGCUACUACAGCCCCCUCUACGGUGCCACCUACCUCCGCAACAUCUACUACCUCAUGCACGGCGGUCCUAUGCAGUCGAUGGCCGCCGUAAAGUCGGUCGUGAGUGCGUGGUACAGCCGGGCGGCUGGCACGCCGCUCAUCUCCGUCCCGGUGAGCCGCACCGGCUACGCGUGGAAGCAGACGAUGAUUCCGGCGACGACGUUCGUGAAUCUCUGCACCGCCGCCGGCUGGGAGACUUGCAUGAUGGAGGGCAUCGACGAAGAUGCCGUGAAGCGCGCGUUGGGAGUGCCGGCGGAACGAUACACUGUGCCGGUCAUCAUCAGCGUCGGCUACGCGACCGCCACGGAGGCCGAGAAACGUCAGGUGUGCAGCUCGCGCUUCGCGACGCCACACACCGUGCGGUGGAACAAGUUCUAG